GGUACGUGCUUUGUCUGCACUUUAGCGCGCCUUUAGGACGUAGUAUGUCGGGCUACUACGUAAGCUCUUACGUUAAGAAAAAAGCUGUUAAAUAUUUGUCCAUAACGCAAUUCGAGCCAACGGAUGCACGUGCUGCUUUUCCCUGCUUUGAUGAGCCAGACUUCAAGGCCACAUUCAACAUAACUUUGGGACAUUGCAGCUACUUAAAUGCGCUCAGCAAUAUGCCGCUCAAAGAAAGGAUUCCCAUGCUCAAGCACGAAGGCUGGACAUGGAGCAUGUUCGAAACUACGGAGCUUAUGCCCACAUAUUUGGUGGCAUUUAGUGUAAACGAUUUUCAGGGCUACGCCAAACACACUUCAUGUAAUCAAAAGCGCGUGAAGUUUACCACCUGGGCAAGAGAAGCUUCCAUUCGGGAGCAGCUGAAGUAUGCAACUGAAAUAGGACCACGCUUACUCAACUACUACGAGCAGCUGUUUGACAUUAAAUAUCCGCUGCCCAAGAUGGAUCAACUGGCAGUGCCUGAUUUUAGCGCAGGCGCCAUGGAGAACUGGGGCUUGAUAACUUAUCGGGAGGCGGCGCUGUUCUAUGCACCCGAUGUUUCAUCAGAGGCGGACAAACAGCGUGUUACCAAUAUUAUUGCACACGAGUUGGCGCAUCAGUGGUUUGGCAAUCUGGUUACAAUGUCCUGGUGGGAUGAUCUGUGGUUAAAUGAGGGUUUUGCCACUUAUAUAGCUACAUUGGGCAUGGAGAAGAUGUGCUGCAAAUGGAAUGCAUAUGAAGAGGAAUCGCUGGACAAUAUGCUGGCCAUACUCAGCACUGAUGCUUACUGCAGCACCAGACCCAUACACCAGCCAGUUACCACAGCCAAUCAGAUAGGUGGACUGUUUGAUCCUAUAACAUAUCGCAAGGGCGCAGUCAUUAUACGCAUGAUGCACAUGUUCAUAGGCGACAUGGCUUUUCGCCUGGGACUCAACAAUUAUUUAGAGCGACAUGCCUACGGCAAUGCUAAGCAGGAAGACUUGUGGCAGGCACUUACGCAAAUUGCGCAUGAUCACUCGUCACUGCCAAAGGAUUUGUGCCUGCAAACUAUAAUGGACAGCUGGACACUGCAGAAAGGCUAUCCGUUGAUUAAAGUGCGGCGCCACUAUGCAAACAAGUGCGCAGUGAUUAGUCAAAGCAGAUUUCAGCUGCAGCCAGAGCAGCAGCCUAGCGCGCGUCAAGAUCAACUGUUUGAGCAAAAGCGACAGUAUUGUUGGUUCGUGCCCAUUAGCUAUACCUCAGAGCUGGCGCACAACUUUAACAGCACAGCACCGAGCCGCAAGUUUGGCUGCGUUGCACGCCAAAAGGCGAGCCGCUGCCGCUGCGGCUGCGUUAUUUGCCUGGAGAAUGAGUGGAUAAUACUUAAUGUGCAGCUAACGGCGCCGUAUCGCGUUGACUACGACUCCUGCAACUGGCGUUUGCUUAUCGAUGCGCUCAAAGGUUUGGACUUUCAGCAAAUUCAUGUGCUAAAUCGCGCGCAGCUUAUAGAUGAUGCAAUGACAUUGGCUUGGACUGGACAGCGCAGCUACGCGCUGGCGCUGGAGCUGCUUAGCUAUUUGAGUCAGGAACGCGAGUAUAUGCCCUGGCGUGCUGCCUUGGAUCAGUUUUUGCCUAUAUAUCGCAUAGUGCGUCAAACCGAUCAAUAUGAAAUAUUUCAAAAGUUUAUGCUGUGUCUUAUUGAGCCCAUUUAUAAGCAACUGGAGGGCAUGCGCGAGGACUCCAAGCAACGCCAUCAUGUAGUACACAAGACUUUGAUUGCCAGCUGGGCUUGCCGCUUGCAGCAUGCGGAUUGCGUUAAGAGCGCCAUGGACUACUGGCAGCAGCUCAUCUCUGCGCGUGCAGCGAAUCCAGUGCCGCCCGAUCUGCGUGCUGUAGUCUACUGCACUGCCAUGCGCAAUGGCAAAGCCAAGGACUGGCAGCUAAUGUGGGAACUCUACUGCAACAGCACAGUGGCCAGUGAGCAGCGUCUAAUGCUGCAGGCGCUGGGCUGCACACCCAAGGAGUGUUUGCUGCAGCGCUAUGUGCAGUUGAUAUUCAGUCGCAAGUCGCUCAUACGCAAACAGGAUGCAUUGCUAGUGCUGGGCAGCAUUAUACGCAAUGAAAUUGGCUAUCGCAUAGCCAAGCAAUACUACAUGCAACACUUUCAGCUGCUGUACAAAUACUUUUGGCCGAACAUACGUGAGCUGGCUUCAUUGCUGGUGCAUUUCUCACAGCAAAUGAGCACGGAGCAGGAGCUGCAGCAGCUGACUGUGCUGAGCAGCAGCAGAUUGCUGCAGCGGCAUACAUCGCGCAGCUGUCAGCGCGCCUUGGAGCAGGCGGAGCUGAAUCUUGCCUGGCGCAAGGAGCGGCUGCUGCAAUUUAUUGGCUGUUUAAAUACGUGAAU